ACGUUUCUGAUGUCUCCAGCGUGCAGGACAAGUGUAGGCGUACACACCCGUUAGACACGCUGCCGUUGGUUUGCCUGUGAAAAACAGUGUUUACCACGAAGGCUGCAGCCCCUGUUCCCUGAGUCACUGAGCAAACACUUCCUCCGCGUUGCAGAGGUGCAGCAGCGGGGCCAGUGCCCUCCCGGGCCGGCGGCGGGAGCAGCACCGGGCCUGCAGCACGCCUGGCCGCUGACUGCGCGGGGGGCAGCGGGGCGUCCUCUCCUCACACCCCCGGAGCCGCAGUGCCCCCGCCGGGGUGCAGGGGGGGGCCGCACGCCCUGGGCGGAGGGCUCCGGCUGCGCUCUCAGGAGCAGCUCAGCAGAGGAAGGGCCUCCUCCUCCUCCUCCUCCUCCUCCUCCUCCUCGUCCCCCCCCGGCCCGUGCCAGCGCAGCCACCUGCGUGCCGCCCCCCGGCUCUAGAGCGUCCCACCGCGGCCGGGCUGACCUGCGAGCCUGGCAGCCAGGUCUCAGCCCGCAGCGCUUCGGAGCACGGCCGGUGCCAGAUCCAGGCACCGAGCGCUUUCCAGAACCGCCCUGACUUCAAGGACUUACCCCAAUGAAGAGUCAGACAUCCAAAAAAGCCCUUAUACAAAUACAUCUGUUACCCUUAAUAACAUAUUCCAAACACUUCUUCACCACGGGCCUACUUGCACAUGAAAUCCAUCGGAGCCCAGCUGCUGCGUGUGGCGAGGCGGUGCCAGGCUGGCUGUCAGAUGCACACAGCGCUUGAUCAGAGUCAUUGCUGACAGGAGCUUCAUCCAAGGUCUCAUUUCUGCAGCCAUAAGGAAAAAAAGACAUCUACUUUAGGUUGGCAGGAAUUUAACCAUUAGAGCAGGAUUUUUUACUCACAGUGUUCUUUCCUUGGUAUUACACAAUGGGUGGAAUGCAGAGGAUUUUGCUCUUUGUUUUAAUGAAGACCUGUGGCAAUGGCAGAAAUUGUCAUUCAAGGAUUUCCCAGGCCUAAGAGAAUGACUUGGCUUGAAGGAUUGUGCGUCCAAACACACAGAUUACCCAAUAAAAUCUGUUACUUUCCUGGUCCUCAUCAGUCCUAGUCCUAUGAAUCAAGAGCUCUGUUGGGUAAUCCCGUGUCUUAAUUAUGUUUUGGUGACACGCAUGGAUUUGAAAGAUUCUUCAGGAUUACUUUGACCACAAAGUACUCUGGUGCUGGAUGGCUGUUCAAACAGCUCUGCCUCGUUUUCCCUUUGUUUAAGCAUUGUGCAAGGAAAUACUUGCAAUGCACAGGAAGAUGCAGGGGUCAUAGGAACAAUCCUGAACGUGGGACAGAUUUUCGGACAGUUAUGCCAUAAGCAGUACUUGUCGGAGGAGCCCAAAGCCCGGGCAGCCUGCGUGACAGCAGCGACCUUGCUGCUCAGGGCCAGGUGCUGUUUUGGCAUCAGACUAUUCCAUUGCUAUUCCCAUCUCUUGUCGCCAACGCAUGGGAACCAAGGCAUACAGCUGAGGAUGUUAGCCUAUAUUAGAAAAACAGCCUCAGAAGGUAGUCUAAUAUUUUUUUCUCAAUUAACAAUUCUCUCACUUUAGGUGUGGAAACAGGCAAUGAUGCCUUCUCUUUAACGCCCAUACUUACAGGUGAGGCGAGAGAAGACGUGUUGCCCUAGAAGCCACAACAAGUUCCAGACAUAAAAUUGCGUUACAGUUUUUGGUAGCUGGAUGUUGCCAUGGGGCAAAAUGAGGAAUGAAGCUGCUGGCUUAGGGGCUGCAAACGGGACUCUGGAAAAUGUGGACACCGCCAUUUACCUGCAUUACAAGUAUCACUUGUCCAAGGCUUUGAAGAGGUGGGACGGCAUACUCUGUUACUUCGCAGGCUGCGAUAAAGCAGCGAGCCCGGCUGUGGGAUUGACACGCUAUUUUUAAGGUUUUGAUGGGCCUGCUGAACACGUACAGCACCCGUGAAGCGGACUGAGUGAUCGGAGACAGAGCAACGAGCACACCAUCUCGGAAUCGCCACAGCACGAGCAAAACCCUCCCUGCCAGACCGGCACAGAGCGCUGGCUCAGUGCGUGGGCCCCUGCAGCGUCCCACAACCCCUGCACCAAACAGCAGCAACGAGGUGGCUGAAAUGGGGCUUUCACCACCCACAGCGCUGCCUGUGCACGUUUGACUGACAAAGGACAGAAACUUGUCUUUAUCGGGGGAGAGUGUUUUUCCCCAAACAGUUUUCCAUCGUGUCCUCUCAGGAUUCACUCUUGAAAGUGACCUACAAAUAAUUCUUCCAAAAAUAAACUUAGGAAAUGAGAUAACUCUGCCAGGCACUAAACCCCAUGAAUUCAUUGCAUCUAACACUGAUCGCUGUCUUCCUGCUAACAUCCCUGCUGCUGCCCUUUCCUCCCUCUCAGAUGGGCUGGGUGACGGUAGACGCAGCCCGGACCAUGGGCAAUCGCGUGGAAGCGGCUUCAUGUCCUGCUGCCUACAGCAGCAACGCACAGCUCAGCAGCAUCCACCAGCCGAACGAAAGAUGCUGCUUCUCUCUACAAACCUCCUAUCCUUGGGCAAGCAUGGUUAUUGACUCCACCAUUACUGUCGCUGCUCCGAUAGGAGCAGUUUUAAGAAAGCCUUGGCAAGAGACACUCUCCUGUCACCCUCCCAGCUGUUCACCCCAGCGGGGCCUCGGGAGGUCAGGACCCGGUGAGCCAGCCCGCACCGCGCGGUGUCCCGCUGGAUCUGACCGCACCACGUCCCACGUGGCCGUGCCGUGGGCUCCAGCAGCAGGGAACUGGGACUGGGAAACUGCCGUGACCUGCAGCGAUGCCAUUUCACCGAGGUGCUCUUCGGCAUCACCCCGAAUUCCUGCGGCACAGCCAACUCCAGAAAACGCGCGUCUUCUGCCGAGGACCAGCCAGGCCAGGCAGGCGAAGCAGGCCCGGCACCGCGCCGUCCUGGGCAGCUCCCUGCGCUCCGCCGGCGCGUCCCUGCCCGCGGCCACCGCCGUCACCGCGCUGGCAGCCGCGGGCCAGAGCAGCGGGGCCGGGCCUGGCCGUGCCACCGCCCCCCGGGCAGGCAGCGGGGCGGGCGCGGCGGGAGCCGGCGGCAGCGGCGGUGGGGGCGGCUGCCGGAGCCCGCGGCCGGCGGCGGAGGGGCGGCAGGAUGUAUGGAUUUAUAAAUACAUGCCUGAAGUCAUUGGUGAUUGAAAAGUAUGGUGAAGAAACAUGGGAGAAAUUAAGACUGCAGGCCGGAGUCCAGGAUUCCUUCUUGACUUUUGAGGUUUACAAAGAUGAGAUCACAAUGCAGCUUGUCGACAAAGCCUGCAAAAUAUUAGGUGUUCCUGCUGACAUGGUUCUGAGAGAGUUUGGAGAGUAUUUCUUUGAAUUCUGUAAACGCUCAGGCUAUGACCACAUGCUGAGGACACUGGGUGGAAAUCUCUAUGAGUUCAUAGAGAACCUGGAUGCGUUGCACAGCUACCUGUCACUUUCUUACCAGGAGAUGAAUGCCCCAUCUUUUAGAGUAGAAAAGAAUGAAGACGGGUCAAUGCAUUUACAUUACUAUUCAGAUAGAAGAGGUCUGUGCCAUAUUGUGCCAGGAAUCAUUGGUGCAGCAGCCCUGGAUUUUUUUAACAUUGAGAUUUCAAUGGAAAUAGUCAAUCAAACAGAGGAAGAAGAAAGAACUGGUAAAAAAGAACAUAUUGUUUUUCUUGUCACUCAAAACCCUGUAUUUUCAUACAAGGAAAGAAAUAAAUUUUCUUCCUCACCUCAAUAUCUUGCUGGCUCUGAAAACCAAAUUGAGAACCGACUGAAGGAAGAGGACCUCGAAAAAGCCAAGAAUACAAUAAGAGACAGAGGAAACUCUGUUUGUCCUGUCAAGAAAAGUCACUGGAAAACAAUAAGAGGAAUAAUCACGUUAGGAAAAGGUAAGCUCCUGAGAGGAUUUGAUCCUGUUUAUCCCAAGAGCCUCUGGAUUGACACAAAAACAUUUUGCAACGGACUUCCUUUUCACAUGGUGUUUGACAAAGAGCUCAGAGUGAAGCAAGCUGGGGUGAGCAUUCAAAAGAUUGUACCAGGCCUUCAGACCAUGGGCAUCUGCUUGGAUCACUAUUUCAGUAUCGUUCACCCAGAAGUACCCUUCACCAUCUCUAGCAUUCAGAAAUUCAUCAACAGCCAAUUUGUUUUCCAGACUAGAAGAGAGAUGAUGCCAGAGUCAUGGAAACAACGGCCAAUGCUUGAGCUGAGAGGCCAGAUGAUCUGGAUGGAGUCCCUGCAGUGCAUGCUCUAUCUCUGCUCACCUCUGCUUCGCACUUUGCAUGAACUGGAAGAGCGACAGAUGCAUAUUGCAGACAUUGCGCCUCACGACGUGACCAGGGAUUUGAUUCUUCUCAAUCAGCAGCGACUGGCAGAGAUGGAGCUCUCUAACCAGCUGGAGAGGAAGAAGGAAGAAUUGCGGAUACUGUCGAAGCACCUGGAGGAAGAGAAGAAAAAGACUGAAGCUCUGCUCUACGCCAUGCUUCCUCAGCACGUGGCCAACCAGCUGAAAGAGGGGAAGCGAGUUGAGGCAGGAGAGUUCAAGGAGUGCACUAUAUUGUUCAGCGAUGUUGUGACCUUUACCAACAUUUGUGCCCAGUGUGAGCCUAUUCAGAUAGUUCUCAUGUUAAAUUCAAUGUACCUGCGAUUUGACAGACUGACCACGGUGCAUGAUGUGUACAAGGUGGAGACGAUCGGAGAUGCCUAUAUGGUAGUAGGCGGGGUCCCCGUGCCUGUACCCACUCAUGCCGAGCGAGUUGCUAACUUUGCCUUGGGGAUGAUAAUCGCAGCCAAAGGAGUACAGAACCCAGUUUCUGGAAAUCCUAUCCAAAUUAGAGUUGGGAUCCAUACAGGUCCUGUCUUGGCUGGAGUUGUUGGAGAAAAGAUGCCUCGUUAUUGCUUGUUUGGAGACACGGUGAAUAUAGCUUCCCGGAUGGAGAGUCAUGGUGUCCCGAGUAAAAUACAUCUCAGCUCCAGUGCCUAUCAAUGCCUGAAAUACAAGAAUUUUGAGAUGAGUGAAAGAGGAGAAAUAGAAGUAAAAGGCAAAGGGAAAAUGCACACAUAUUUCCUCAUUAGAAAUAAAACUGCAACUGAGAAUGAGAUUAUGGGAAGGCCAAUGAAAGACUUAGAUUCUGGCCGUGAAUCUGUUCAGUCCUUUCAAGAAGGCAGGGCUGAAACAACACGAAGUUGUCAUCAGUCAGCUACUCAGACUCAGCCAGAGAAGGACCAGACCCCAGCCAUUGCAAUGAAGUACACUGAUGGCCCCGUGGAUGCACAAAACAGCCUCAGGAGAAGAAAUCAAGCGAAAAUUGCAGAUUUAACAGGCAAAACUUACGAUUCCAGAAGCGAUGGGAGUCUCCAUGGCAACCAGCAUGCAGAUGAUGGUCCUUGUCCUCUAAACCAGGGAAGGGUCAAACCUGCUACUGAAGAGCCACAGAUUAGAAAUGUUCGCUCUAAUUUCUGCACUUUACUCUAAGUUUCUUACUUUUUACAUUAAGCAGCACUUUUGUUAUGAUUUAGUUCAUUUUGCUGUUGUGGGACUGAUUUUGUAUAUCAAAUAUCACAUGAUUUUGUAAAAAAAAAAAAAGAAAAAAGACAUUUCAUCACAGUUUUCAGCAAAAAUAAAACAAUGGAGGAUUUUAUUUUUUUUAAUCAAUCUACAUGUGCCAUAUAAUAUUCCCACUGGAGAAGGAAACCACCGCGAGAUGCUUUGAAGACAUAUUUUUCAUUGCCAUUGUCAUGUCUUUGAAUAUCUCUAUGUAAAAAUCACUUUUUGGUAUCUCAUGCAGCAAUUGAGAAAGAGGUGACUCAUCCAGCUAGAAAUAUUCCUACUCAGACGAGCACUUGCCAUAAAAGAGACGUUCCCUGAAGUGACCAUCUGUCUUAACUUCAGCACAGCCAACAACUUCCCCGUGUAGAGUUUGAGCUACUUUUUCACUGCGGUGACAGUUUAAUCUCUUAACAGGUCUUUUGUUGGGUAAAGGCAUCAUGCAGUAGAAGCGCGGAACAGAUCUGAUACAACCUGUAUUUUUCCAUCCUGAAGAGAAAAUAUUGUGUACUUUAUAGCACCCCAAAGUCAAAAACCCCAGACAUCUACGACCUUUGCAGCAGCUGUCCGUGCUGUGCUUCGAUGAUCAUAGAGCAACAUGCACGUAGCGGAGUUACGUAGCAGCGAAUUCAUCACAACGCUGAAGGACCGUUCAAGGCCUAUGAAUUAUUGGAGCCCUUCACACGAGUUGCAAGUUUAUUUCUCAUUUUCUCACCCCAGCUAAACAAAAAUACAGUUUCAGGAGUACAGAGGGAGCCUGUCAGUGCUGGAAUUAACGUUGUUAAUGUCAUUGAAAAUAACAGCGUUAAAGAUCAACAUCGCUUACCCGGUGUCAGAGGCUCCUCAGCUGAAUUACUGCCAUGCUGAUACAGUCUUAGAUUACGCCUGAUCAGAAAUGGCGGAGAAAAAUUGAAGUGCAGCUGUCAGGAAUUUACCAUGUAGGAGCGAAAAUACAGUGGAUAUAAAGGCUGCGGACAAUUUGGCACGUCAUGAAUUGUGUUCUCUCUCCUAUAAAUGCAGGCUGGAGUAGGUGGAAUGUGCUUGUACCGGGCGCCUUUGUCAGGAGGUGCGCCCUGCACCCCAGUUUAUUACCUUUGGGCGUGGAUUCGUUGCCUAAGGAUGCAAGCAUGAGACCCGUUUGAGCAACAGCGCAAACUGGAGGAGAUGGUAAUGUUUCUCCUCUGUUACAGUCUGGAGCAUCACAUUUCCACCUCUGUGGCAAGAGUCAGGCUCUUUAAACACCAGAGGGAGAUGCAAUUCACUACUCUUGACCGGUCGUGCUGACGGAACGGAGAACACCUUGUUUAACAAAUGGCAGCGGUGGACUCUGUCUUUACCGGCAUUUGCUGUGGAGAUAUAAAGCCACGUAGCCCCACACGCAAGCGCGACACAGGAGCGUACAUCUCUCCGAGGCCAGUGCUAAUGCAGAAGGGAACUGCUCGCCGUCUCAGCUGCUCUCGCAGUCCCGUACCUGCACGGCUGAAUGCCGCUGACCACCUCUCCGAAAGGAAGAAUUUCCAGUCGGAAAUUGUCCAACAAGCCUGGCCAUCAGUGAAUAGGGUUCAGUAUAUAUUCCAGGGUUUAAUAUAGAUAUAUUCCAGAGUGGUUUUCGGUAGGAGCCCAGAGCUCCUCUGAACUUGUAUGGAUCCUCUUGGGAAGAAGAAAGAAAAGGACCGCGGCUUAAUAGCUGUCUGCAUCUCUCUCUCCAAAGUUUAACGCUCGCUUUGCUUAUACCAGCCCUUAUACCAGCCCUUUUUGCACUGAACAGUCCAUGAAUGUUUAAUAUUGGAAUGUUUUAAUUGCCAGUAAGUGCUCCAUGGUAAGUUACUUCAUGCUGUACUGUGGUAAAACUGAUGUGCUCAGUGGUUUCUCUGUGGCCUCUGCUACAAUCUGGUUCUCUGCUACAAUCUGGUGAUGCAACGCUAGGUCAACUCUGCACAACUGCUUUUAAAAAUUAAUGUGCCUGUGCAUCAUCACGUGUUCUUAAAUCUGUGGCCACUGCUAAAGACUGCAAAAAUAUCAUUCAGAAAUAAAUCUUUCCAUUAAUAUACUGACUGCCAUUUGUCAAUGACUACUUUGACUCCUUUCCCUCUUCUCCCUUCCAACUUUUCUGUUCUUUUUCCCUCUAAGUAUACAAAUGUUUAAGACCAUUAUACCUCUAAUAAAUGUCCAGUG